GAGAGAUUUGUGCUCAUCCUUUGCUCCUCCUGUUUGCGUCAGAACCCAGGCGGUGCGGAAGCAUUUACACCUGUGUUCAUCCUCAGCGGCAACAAAAAAAAAGGCAAUACAGGCACCCAUACGGUCAGAGGAAGCAAGUGUUGGCUUCAUGUUUUCGGAUGAAACACAAUCGCUACUUCCUGUUUUCUCUUUCCUCAGAAGAACUUCCCACAAUAUCGCACAUGUGUAAAGUCACCAAAAAUGUGAAGAAGUGACAAACAUGAGGUCUAACCUUCAUACUGAGGAGUGCUGACUUGCUGAAAGAUUAGAAAAGACUAUGAAGGAGGACAUAUGAUGACCUCAGCUGCUACUGUAGACCCCAGUGGAUUUUUUUUUUUUUUACCUGUUUUAAGCUGUGCAUUACUGCACUGAUUAGAUGAGAGAGUUGUAGUUAGAAAGUGUGAGUGGGCAGCGAUGGAGAACCUCAGCGAAGAUGGCUUUGAGAGAGGUGAACAGUUUGGAGACUGGUCCACCUGCAGCUCUGGACACUGGGAUGAGGAUCACAGGGACAGCAGUGGCUUUGGGAACUGGGCUAGUUUUAAAGAAGGUCUUGGUGAAGAUACUGCAGAUGUAUCAACUCAGGAAGGACAUGGUCAUGAACACAAGGAAGAGAGAGAUGAUGCACUCUGGACUGCAAUUCACAAUUGCUUUCAUGUUGAGGAGAUGGUAAGAGAAACGGGCAUGACGGAUGUCCUGCCACUGUCACAGCUACUGCACAAUUUCACACACAAACCUCCUCCACCAGCACUUAUAUUAAGAAAGGGUGCCAGCUUUUAUCACAGGUUGUUGUGUGAGCCAAAAUCUCAGAGCAUCACGGGUCCUACGAAACCCAACUUGUAUUCCCACAAGCAGCUCACUGACACACUACAGCUCAAACAGACCAACACUACACAGAACACAGAUAUAGCUCAACUUGGGUUUGAGAAGCCUGAAAGUUCCUCUCCUGCUCUCAUCCAAACAAAGUUAACGUCACCCACGUGCUGUCAGAAUUCACCUGGAUUCUUCUACCAGAUCUCGCACCAGUGGCUCAGCCAGUAUAGUUUGAGACUACAAAAUCAUCAGGGCAAGAAAGACCUGCUGUAAUGACACACACACUUCCUUCUGCUGUGAAACACUGAUAUAUUGAUACUGAUACACAGAAAACAAUAGCAGUCUUUCUAAUAAUAGAGACAUUAACUGGUCUAAACUAACACAGGAAAUGACAUUUUCAUUGAUCUUCACACCUCUCAAGUAAGUGUAACAAGGGCUAAGGGCUUGAAAAUAUUUAAUGUGCGAAGAGAAAUUCACUGUGUGUAUACAUCCAUUAUGCUUGCUCCAAAAAUACGAUAUGUUACCAAUCAAAGGCAAAAAAGGCAUUUAAACUGUGCCUGAGGCGAUAAUAUAAGGUGCUUACAGAACAAGAUUCUACAAAUCAAAUUUUAAGCCAUGGAGAUCCAAUGCUUUACUUUCAUGGCUUAAAGGCAUUCUCUAAAGUCACAAAGCAUAUUUUACUCACUAGGACAUGUUUCAAGUUCUUCCAAAAUUGCAAAAUGGUUUUAAGAAACUGUGAAGUGUAUGUUACACUAAACUCAGCAGCAUUAAUUCAUUCCAUAUUGUGCAUCUAAAUGUUUGCCUGAGAUGAUUUCAGUGCUCUGUGUUAAUUUCAUCACUUACGCUGCAAUGUCUGAACGGAUGUGUGUCAAGCUGGCAUCCUCUCUCACGUAAUUCCAAAUGAAAUAAAGGAGGGACGUCCUGUUAGUUUUCAAUGACUCCCUUUCAGUGGCCUGGAGAGAUGAUAUCAUUUUAUUGCUAAUGCUUUUGACUGCAACAAAUCCACCUUGCAACAAAUGUAUUUGAGGUCCAAAAGUAUUGUCUACCAUUUUCUAGGUUUACACUAACAGCUCCUUGUCAAGCACAGCAGGUACAGCCUAGGGGUGCAUGGUACUGCACCCCUAGGCUGUAACUAAGUGCUUGAACAAUCCUUGACAUAUAACAUAGCCUUCUAGUUGUUAAGAAAAUACAUAAUGUAUAGUUACAUUUGUCCACAGUGGUGUCUCAUCAACAGGGGCAACUGAGGCAGAGCCCCAGCAUCAAUAUCAGUCAUUCAACAAAUGUUUGCAUGGAGGCCUGAUAGGUCAUGCCUUUCCCUUCUUAUCUUCUCCAUUUUUUAAAUAUUUUAGUUUUAAUUUACUUUUAACUAGAUAUUUAUUAAUAAUUUAUUAAACACGUGGAGACAGUAUGUGAUCUAAAGAUCCAUAAAGAUUACUGAUAUAUUGCCAAGAUUUGGGAGAGGAAACAAUGUGGAGUGAAGUAAUGUCUGUUAUUACAGUGUGUGUGAAUUUCUUAAACCAAUCAAGCAUAAUAUUAUAACCACUGCCAGGUGAAUGAAUAAGACUGAUUAUCUCCUCAUCAUGGCACCUGUUAGUGGGUGGGAUAUAUUAGGCAGCAAGUGAACAUUUUGUCCUCAAAGUUGACGUUAGAAGCAGGAAAAAUGGGCAAGUGUAAGGAUUUGGGCGAGGGCCAAAUUGUGAUGGCUUGACAUCUGGAUCAGAGCAUCUCCAUAAACGCAGCACUUGUGGGAUGUUCCCAGUCUGCAGUGGUCAGUAUCUAUCAAAAGUCCUGUAAGUUGCAAGGUCCCAUAAAGGCAAAACACACCUUCAGGGAUCUUGUGCAUCCAUGCCUCGAUGGUUCAGAUCUGUUUCGGCAGCCAAAGGGGGACCAACACAAUAUUAGGCAGGUGGUCAUAAUGUUAUGCCUGGUUGAUGUAUAAUUAAAUACAUGAGAAGGGCUGUUCCUGUUCCUGAAUCAGUUCCUGUUUUUUGUCCGGCUAAGUUUAAUUGUUUUGUGUGUUUUCGAGACUGACUGUCAACUCUUUAUUAUUAAUUUUAUUAGCCUUACUAAUAAAAGUCAUUGGAUAGAAGCCUAGAGGGUCAAGUGUGAUAGUGUCUCAACUUAAUUUUGUUCGAGGAUUUGUGGCUGUUAAUUUUGUACCUCCCACUAAAAUCUGUGGCAAACGAAAAAACACUGCAUUUUUGGGUAAGCACUACAAAAUACUGAUUUUAUGCUCCACAACCUGUAUUUGGUGUUGGAUGAGGAGAAAAAUAAACAACUGAACUGAAAGAACUGAAU